CUUGUCCACAACCGCUUGUCUAGGGAAGCUCGGUAACUUCGGCAAGAGCAUCCCACCUCCCGUUCUGCACGCGGAACGGGCGCCUGGCCAACCGUUAGAAGCCGAGUACGGGAUCAAUCCAAGACAGCAAGCCCUCACGUGGUUUCAUCUUGUCCCUUCUUGCUAAUGUCUUAGACAGCUUUCGAAGUUGGCUGCAGGCACGUGGGUGAACACUCGCUUCUCCGCCGGUGCCUAGCCUUAGCUGCAUCCUGCGCCCUCCGAUAUGUCGAAGAUUACAAUCAAUGCGCGCGAAAUACGGCAUCUAGGCAGGAACCGCCAGUGCUUGCAGGGUACAUUUACGAUGUACUCUCCGCAUGCUGAGAAAGCCGUAGAAUCUGCUGACGUGGCUCGAAUGGGAGGUUUUGCUGCGACGUACAGUGACGAUGUUGGUAGGACCAGCCUCCGCAAAGUCAUGUAGCACAGCAUGUUACUUGAGCGAGCCAAUAUUUUGGUCUUCGUUUCCAUGUCAUCAUUGCCGUAUAAGGGUAUGCACUGGAAUGCAUUGUGAUCAUCGUCUCAUUGGCCGUUGCUGAGCGCAUCUAGACCGUGGAGGUUUUGGAUGCAGCCGCCUUGGCAUUUUCGAGGGCUAUAUGAGCC